AUGGCUGCUAUCCAGGCCGCCCGACUCCUUAGCCAGCGGGCUUAUGUUCUCCCCGGUCAGCUCCUCGUCACUGAGCUCUUCUUCGAGGUGCCAAAGAACUACGCCCGUCCAGAAGCAGGUACCCUAAAGCUGUUCGGUCGCAGUGUCAGGAAGAAUGAGCGUCCCAUCAUCCCACUCUCGGCCUCGGACUUGGCAAGCAAGGAGAAGCUGCCCUAUCUCGCCUACCUCGAAGGCGGACCGGGCUUUGGAAACCGUACCCCGCAGACUCAUGCCCUGACCCAUGUUGCUCUCGGCCGUGGUUAUCAAGUGUUGUAUCUAGACUACCGCGGCACCGGGCUCAGCACACCCAUCAACGCUGACUCUGUCUUAUCACAAGGCAACCCCCAGGCGCAGGCCGACUACCUAAAGCUGUUCCGCGCCAAUAACAUUGUGCGUGACUUAGAAGCUGUUCGACUCUGCCUGACGGCGGACUUUGAAGAGGAAAAGAAAGCUUGGUCCAUCUUCGGCCAGUCCUUCGGCGGCUUCGUCAGUCUGACCUACCUCUCCAAAUAUCCCCAAAGCCUCAGGGAAGCCUUUCUGACGGGCGGCCUCGCCCCGGUCAAACGCACCGCCGACGAGGUCUACACCGCUACUUACAAAAAGCUCAUCGAGCGCAACGCCGCCUACUACAAGAAAUACCCCGAAGACAUCGCCGCCGUCCGCCGCAUCGCCGAACACAUCCAAUCCCAACCCCACACCCCCCUCCCAGCCGGCGGCAACCUCACCGUCCCCCUCUUCCUCACCCUCGGCCUCUCCUUCGGUGGUCACGGCGGGCUCGACGAGAUCCACUCCCUGAUCCUGCGACUCACCGCCGACCUCGACCAAGUCGGCCGCUUCACCUACACCGCCCUCGCCGAGUUCCAAGCACACAUCUCCUUCCCCACCCACCCCGUCUACGCCAUCCUCCACGAGGCCAUCUACAACACCAAGCGCACCGGCGCCCCGCCGUCCAACUGGGCCGCCCAGCGCGUCGGCCAGGCCCUCAAACCCUUCGCCUGGCUUGCUAACCCAACCACCUUCCUGCAGAACACCCCACCCACGGAGCCGCUAUACUUCUCGGGCGAGAUGGUGUACCCGUUCCACUUCGACGGCACGCUGGGGCGGGAGCUGGCGGUGCUGCGGGCGGCGGCCGACAUCCUGGCCGCGACCACCGAGUGGGACGAGGACCUGUACGACGAGGCGCAGCUGCGGCGGAACGAGGUGCCUGUGUAUGCCGUCAGUUAUGUCGAUGACAUGUAUGUGGAUUUUGAGCUGGCGAGGGAGACGGCGGCGUUGGUGAGGGGGAUUAAGGUCAGGGAGACGAAUGCGUGGUAUCAUGAUGCGGUGAGGUCCAAGGCCGAUGAGGUGUUUGGCACGCUGUUUAGGAUGAGGGAUGAUUGUAUUGACUGA